AUGAAAAUACUAAUAUAUGCCAUCUAUAACCUUUUAACAAGUCUGGGCUUUUGCUUUAUUUUCAUCAAUUCGCAUUUUCUCUCUGUCCCUGUCUCUAUUCCCUUCCCUGUCCCUGUCCCUAUUACCGUUCCUGUCCUUGUUCUCGCCCCUGUCCCUGUCCCUGUUCCUGUCCCUGUCCUUGUCCCUGUUCCCGUCUCUGUUCCCGUCCCUGUCCCUGUUUCCAUCCCUGUUCCCGUCCCUGUCCCUGUCCCUGUUCCCGUCCCUAUCCCUGUUCCCGUCCCUAUCCCUGUUCCCGUCCCUCCUGUCCCUGUCCCUGCCCCUGUUCCCGUCCACGUCCCUGUCCCUGUUCCCGUCCCCGUCCCUGUUCCCUGUCCCUGUCCCUGUCCCUGCCCCUGUUCCCUGUCCCUGUCCCUGUCCCUGCCCCUGCAGCAGGAGUCACGGGCACAAGCCAUGCGGUGGUAG